GGAGAGGUGCGGGGAGCAUGAACCGGCUGGGCCGCGGCCGAGCAGGGGCGGGGGGCAGCGGAGUCUUGGACUCAGGGGCCACUCCCCAGGCCCCAGGCAUCCAGGCACCCCAGCAGGAAGAGGACAUGGGAGGCCCCUGGUGUGAGGGCCAGAGACUGUCCACCAUCUAGCUCAUGGCUGAGUGAGCUUCCCCUGGGCCCAGCACCCCAGCCCAGCAUGGUCCAGGCCUGCGGGGGGCGCUCCAGAGCACAGCCGCCAACCUUGUCUUUGGGGGCAGCCAUGACCCAGCCUCCACCCGCCAAAGCGCCAGCCAAGAAGCACGUGCGGCUGCAGGAGAGGCGGGGCUCCAAUGUGGCUCUGAUGCUGGACGUGCGGUCCCUGGGGGCCGUGGAGCCCAUCUGCUCCGUGAACACACCCCGGGAGGUCACCCUGCACUUCCUGCGCACAGCUGGACACCCCCUCACCCGCUGGGCUCUGCAACACCAGCCACCCAGCCCCAAGCAGCUGGAGGAGGAAUUCUUGAAGAUCCCUUCAAACUUUGUCAGCCCCGAAGACCUGGAUAUCCCCGGCCACGCCUCCAAGGACCGAUACAAGACCAUCUUGCCAAAUCCCCAGAGCCGCGUCUGUCUUGGUCGGGCACAGAGCCAGGAGGAUGGAGACUACAUCAAUGCCAACUACAUCCGAGGCUAUGACGGGCAGGAGAAGGUCUACAUUGCAACCCAAGGCCCCAUGCCCAACACUGUGUCGGACUUCUGGGAGAUGGUGUGGCAAGAAAAAGUAUCCGUCAUUGUCAUGCUCACUCAACUCCGAGAAGGCAAGGAGAAAUGUGUCCACUAUUGGCCCACAGAAGAGGAAACCUAUGGACCCUUCCAGCUCCGCGUCCAGGACCUGAAAGAGCAUCCCGAAUACACCGUGCGGCAGCUCACCAUCCAGCACCAGGAGGAGUGCCGGUCCGUAAAGCACGUCCUUUUCUCGGCCUGGCCUGACCACCAGACUCCGGAAUCAGCGGGCCCCCUGCUGCGCCUGGUGGCAGAGGUGGAGGAGAGCCCAGAGGCGCCUGCCCACGCCAGGCCCAUCGUGGUCCACUGCAGUGCAGGGAUUGGCCGGACUGGAUGCUUCAUCGCCACGCGAAUCGGCUGCCAACAGCUGAAGGCCCGAGGGGAAGUGGACAUUCUGGGCAUCGUGUGCCAGCUGCGGCUAGACAGAGGCGGGAUGAUCCAGACCGCAGAGCAGUACCAGUUCCUACACCACACUCUGGCCCUGUACGCGGCCCAGCUGCCCGCCGAGCCCAGCCCCUGACCGCUGCCACCCUCCACCAGCCCAGGUGCCAGCCCCACCUCAGGCCUGGGAAGGUGGGUCUGGGGAAAGUGGGCUGUGUGAUUGGGGCGACCCCCUGGGUGGGCACGGGGAAGGAGUGCCUCCCUGGGGGCGCUCGCAGUCACAGGAAGCUGCAUCAGCAAGGACGAGGGGCCAGACUCCAGGUCUUCACCACUGGCCGCUCCUCUGCUUCCUCUAGUGGCCCCACAUGGACCUUAGGGGGAUCUCCCCCAUGUCUCUCUGUACUUAAAGAUGGCACUUACAACAGGCCAAGAAAGCAGCCCAG